AUGAAAAUAACUUUAGAAGCAUCAGAAAAGUAUAAAUUAGUUAUUAAAGCAGAUUAAAUGGUUAUUUAAUCACCAAAAAUAAGCUUGUGUAAUACUACCGUAUAUAGGAAAUACCAAUUAUUGAAAGAAAAUUAAUGGAAAAAUUUUUAAAAGCUUAUUGAAGAUAAUGAAUGA